AUGUCAUUUCCCGGGGAGCGCUUUGUCAUUUAUGCCGUAGACAAAUUGAUUAAGGAGGUGGCAAAAAGAAAAAAAUUGGUUGAUGGAGUGGAAGGUGAACUCGGUUUGCUUCAGGCCGACCUUGAAAUCAUAAAUGCCUUCCUCCAAGAUGAAGGGGAACAACGUGAACAUGGCAGGGCGACCAAGCUGGUUAUCAUGAAACAAAUGAGGGAUGUUAUUUUUGAUGCCGAAAAGGUUGUGGACGAAUACAUCUAUCAUGCCGUAAUGAAAAAGGGGAAAAAGCCAGGCCCUUAUAAAAGACUUGGUAUUUCAAAGACCAUUGUGGCGAUCAAGAAGAGAAUAGAAGGGAUCGAGCAAAACAGAGGAAGGUAUGUUCCGGAAUCAGGAGCCCAACCACAAAAUGCAGCUGAAGCAGAUGAUGUCGAGAAGAAAGGCAUUCAUUAUCAGAAAAACGAGGCAGUGGGACUUGACCGCAUAAAGAUAGAAAUGUGGGUAGAAGAGCUUAAGGACACGAAUUUACAGCGAUACAGCUUAAUCACGGGCAUGGGUGGCUUGGGAAAGUCGAAGCUUGCCUGGAACAUCUAUGGAAGUAUUGCUGAUGGUGAACACUUCAACUAUCGUUUAUGGGUGUGCGGAUCUCGAAACUUCAAAGCCCGAGACUGGCUGCUUAAGAUAUUGGAGGGAUUGCAGUCCAAGACGGGGGAAACGGCAACGGACGAUAAUCAAGGAAAGAAUGAUGAAGAACUGGGGGAGGCUAUACGAAAGCACUUGAAAGAUAAAAGGUAUCUUCUCGUGUUGGACGGGAUGUGGGAUACAGGGGAAUGGGAAAUCUUAGAAUCAAUGCUUCGUGGUCUUGAUGAUGGCAGCAAUAUUAUGGGAAGUAAAAUUCUGAUCACGUGCCGUGAAGAAGUCAUAACGUCCAACGCACAGCGUCAAUAUUGGAGUCUCGAACCACUCGAAAAGCUUCCAAGUUGGGAUCUCUUGCGCAAUAAGGUAUUCCCAGCAAAAGAAGAACCGAAUGACGAGCUGAUCAAGGCUGGGAAGAAGCUUGCAGCAGAUUGCAAAGGAUUACCACUUUCUAUUGUUGUAUUAGGAGAACUUCUUUUGCAAGCUCGGGAGAGAGGUGUGCACUCCGCCAGAACCUGGGAAAGUUACAGACGUCAUGUCAAUUUCGAACUUAUUCGUCGACAAACCCGAUGCUUCCACGUUCUGGCCGAAAGCUACCAACACUUGCUUCCACGAUUGAAAUUUUGCUUUCUGUAUCUUGGUUUGUUCAGUUCCUCAGCUGAGGAGGAGGAGGAGGAAGGCUUUAAGAUCUCUGCAGCUCACAUAAAAGAACUUUGGUCAGCGGAGGGAUUCAUCCAAGACGAUGAUAAUGACUCCAGAGAUGUGCUUGACAUCGGACAAGACUGCUUGACAAAGCUUGUUAAUGGAAGCUUGGUCCAAGUGGUGAGCAAGCGUAUCGUCGGAGAUACUGUGAAGACAUUUUGUAUCCACAGUAUCCUACGAGAACUCUCUAGAUACGAGGGUGAAAGGGAGAAGUUUACUGAGUUUCUUUUCGAUAACAGGAACGCUUCAUCCAAGGGCAGAGGCCAAAGACUCUCCAUCCAAGGUGACGUUUUUAAACACAUUUUCUUAAGUGAAUAUGAUUCAUCAUCUGCUCGUUCCUUGUUUCUCUUUAACCAGAGUACAGUUACUAAUUUCGAUGACUCAAAGUUCUGGAGAAAGAUUGGCCAAAGCUUUAGGUAUGUACGGGUGUUGUAUCUCUGGAAGGUUCCGAUCCAAACUAUCCCCAAAGAAAUAGAAAAUCUUAUAUUCCUAAAGAGCAUUACAAUAUGGGGAGAUAAGAAGUUGAAAAUUAAAUCAGUUUCAGAUUUCAUAUGCAAACUUGUGCAUGUGGAAUCAAUCAAUAUAGAUGGUCAUGUUAGUAAAUACUUGCCAGAGAUUUUGGAAGAUGAAUAA